AUCAGGAACUGACAGGCGGGCUGUAGGCACUACUAUCCAGCCACUGCGGCGGCCAUUUUUGGUGGUUGGUCGGAACGCGCCGACAGGUUUAGGGUUGACGCUUCUCCUUCUGUUCACCCGUUAUCCUCUCUCGUCUCGAUACACUGACUUUACAGAACUCUAUUGUUUUCGGCAACAAAACAGGGCGGUUAGAAGUAAGAAGGAGCUAAAAGGAAACGCAGAAAGCCGAUCGAAACCGGCCUUUCGGCAUGUCGGAGAAUCGUGAGCCGGAGACGCAGGCGGAGGAAACCGGCGAGGAAAAACAGGACACGCAGGAGAAAGGGGCGAUGAGCCCGGAGAAGGCAGAGGAAAUCAAACUGAAAGCCAAGUAUCCAGUGUUGGGUCUGAGACCUGGGGGCUCGGAGUUCCUGAUGAAGAGACUGCAGAAAGGGAAGUACUUUGACUCCGGCGAUUACAACAUGGCAAAAGCCAAGAUGAAGAACAAGCAGCCUCCAAACAGCGGCGCGGACAAGAACCUGGUGACGGGGGACCACAUUCCAACGCCGGAGGACCUGCCGCAGCGGAAAUCGUCUCUGGUCACCAGCAAGUUAGCGGGCUGACGUCAGCUCAGUGGCCGUGUGUUCCCGGCUAGGGUGGACAUUUCACCUUCCCACGUAACAUUGGAGGGGGUGGGAAGAACAUUAGGUGCAGCCUAAAUAUUGUGAUUUUUUUUUAAAAAGGAAAACAAAUAUAUAUAUAUAUAUAUAUAUUAUAUAUAUCUCUGUACACAGAAAGGAAACACAAAUUAAACCCAACAAAUGGCCCUUGCACACUGGUGAAGCAACCAGAUCUGAUUGGGCUUCAUUCCAUUCACACUCACUCACACAACCCCGCCCCCCCAUCUCACUCUCUGUGGCUCCCAACGUCUGUGAAAGAGAGGGUCAAGGAAGGAUUGAUGAGGGGCUGGGGGUUGCUGUUUGUACGCAAGUCCAGCAUCUCCUCCCCACCCCCCUUCACUUCUUCCCCGCCCCCUCCGCCUCUGAGACAGGCCCUGAAAUUUUGCAUAGGUCGGCACUUUAUUGGACACUUUUUAGAGACAGAUAAAGAAAUGCACAGUCGUAAACUUGAGUUUUAAAAAAUGAAAUGAGCCGUGAGGGGGUUAUUUAGGGUAUUGUGUUUUUGUUCCCCCCCCCACUCAGUCUGGUGUGCAUGUGUUUUGUUUUUCAAUUUAAAUCAACUCUGCUAUUGUCCUGACUGUUUUUAAAAACCUGGCUAGACUUCUCUGGCUGCUGCAACUUUUUGUUUGUGACCAUGUGUGUAAGCCUUUUGACACUCGUUGCAGCGGGGAAUGGUUCCACGACUUGCCCAAAGCAUACCGGCUGCCUAGGCUAGACUGACCACCACCUUCCCCCUCCCCGACUUGUCGUCAUGUGUAUCAACACGUUGCGAGAUGCUGCUCUGUCCUUUUGCCAAAAGCAGAACAGAAACAAAUGUAUGUUGGGCAUUUCUAAGGAGCAGGUGUAGAUCCUUACUGUCCCUCUGGCCCAUUAUGUUGUUCAAUACGUUUAGAGCUGAUCAUCUGCCUCGGUACCAUUUCCUUCCCCACAUCCCAAUAUCUAGUCACGAGAGCAGAAAUCUCCACCCGUUGCAGACCCCAGGAGAGUUGAAACUUGUCAACGCUCUCUUCUCUCCUGCCCAUCUCUUGUGACAUUUUGACAGGAUAGUGAUUUUUUUUUUAUUUUGAGUGGAGCAGUUAAAGGGAGAGGAUUGGCUAGAUGUUUGGUUACGGGGUGUGGAGGGUGUGAAUAACACUUCUAACUUCCCCCCCCGCCCCACCGCAUGGCCGCUCCCUGCAGCGUGACUGUUGACAUGGGAAAGUUGCACAGGACAAAUGUUUGAUGCUGUAAUUGGUCGAGAGCUGCAUAAAUGCUGGCUAAACUUGGGGUUGGGGGUGGGUAGUUUUGGGCUUUUAAGAGCUUGUCUGGCUCCACUUGCAGUAGAGCCACUUAACACUUGUCCUUGUUUAGCGAGAUGGAAAUGGCAGAAUCUAUAAACCUUCAAAUCCAGAGCAAGUCAGCCCUGUUUGGUUUUUUUUGCGGCUGAACCCCAUGGAGUGCUGUGUUGGUUUUAAUUGAUUCACCACCUCACCCCACCCAUGUAAUUUUCUCUCUUUGUUUUUUUUUUGAUUUGGGUAAGAUGUGUGGCCCUGUCCAGGUACAGAUCUCAGGAGCCUGUCCUCAGGUAGCAAACCCCCCCAGUCUGGGGUGCAACGGACACAGAGAAUCUGGCAAUUUUAACCCGGAUGGCAUACAGAGCCUUGAAACUGGACCUGAAACCAUGCUGUGCGAGCAUUUUACUUCCUGUCUGGGCCAAUGGAGGAGUGGGGGAGCUAUGUGACUACUUAUAAAUCUGGCUGUGAGAGAGUUUCCUCAAAGAAUUAGUAGUGGCUCAGCCUGCCUCUGACCACCACAGCCCAAAAAUAGGAUACUAGCUGCUUAUCUCUGAAGCUGCAUAUGUUUAUAUUUUCUUUAAAAAAAUACGCACAAAUUUGAAAUGGUGGUGGUUCCGAAGGGGUUUCUCCUGGGAAAUGUUAGAAAGUUUUGGUGCAAGGUGACAUUAGACUGUGAAGGUUGGGCAGAGGGCAGGUGGGAGGGGAGUGCUGUGUCUAUAGCCCAUAUCCUACAUGUAUGUCUCAGCCACUGGGUAGGUUGGGUGGAGAAGAAAUCUUGCGAGAUCCAUCCAGUAGGGAAAGCAACUUCAGCGUGACUGUUGACAUAGUAAAAUUGAACGGAACUUUGCCUUGAGUGAGGCAUCCCUUGACCCGUGCGCGCUCCCUCUUGCUGUUGUUGGCGGUGGAUUCUCUCCCUUUCCGAGCACUGUGUCUCCCUUUGUCACCCCCUUCCCCAGGAUAUGGCUCGGUACACUCUCGCAACAUGUGUCUGCCCCCUGCUUUGUUGACUGCUCAUUCCUCCCAGCCCUUGACUUUCUCCUUGUCUGUCGGGGCUCUGUUCUCCUGACUGGAGAUUGGCGUCUGUUUACCCCACCCCGUGACCUCGCUGCCACCCCCAACUUUCACAGCUGAGACCCACCCAGAUUGAAUUCCACCUGCACAUUUUGUUUCUCUGCCCCUUCAGAGUCCUGCUUGUGUUGGUGAAGAGUUGCAGGCUAUGCAUCGGGAGGAGGUGUGUCACCGAGGCCUGAGGCAGCUUUGCUGCGUUCCAGAAAACCCACGUGGAAUUGAGUGUUUGAGAGAGUUGCUAUUCUAGAUAACUGUCUGAUAAUGGGUCAGCCUUUGGAAGGUUCCUGGGAUUAGGAAGUAACUGGACUGGCUGCAGACUCUGAAGUGAUAGGUGUGGGGCCAAGCAGGUGUGGCUCUCUGACAGAGCAACUGGAGCGAAGACAUGCCCUUAGCUGAGGGGAGAGGGGGCUUUGGGCUCUGUCUGAGGAACUGGCCUUGGCCGAAGUUGGACCAAUGGGAAUAAACUUCUGUGCGCUCCCCAAUGCGCAAAGGUCCUCGUUAGGUGGUCUGGGCAGAGUCCCCCACCACAGGGUAGAAGGUACAUAUUGCCUGAAGCACAGUGGAUAGGCUGAAGACAGCUUUACUCUGUCUGGCCCCAUGCUCUCCCUGUCCUGGGAAUGUUUAAUGGAGACAGUAUUGAGGAAGCUUUACUGUGCACCUAACCCUGUCCUGGGAGUGUUUGAUGGCCGGGCUAGGGGGGGGAGCAGUGUAGAGGGAGCUUUACUCUGUCUACUCCUGUGCUGUCCCUGUCCUGUGAGUGUUUGAUGGGGGUGCAGAAGAGAAACCUUGCUGGCCCAGCCCUGUAAGCUGACACUGAGCCGGCCGGGUGGAAUGUGGUUUUGUUCUAUGAGUUGGUGUGAAGGCUGUGUCUCCCACUGGAGCGGUGUCCCAGCUGCUGAAUUGUAACCAAGAGCCUUGGUUAGCGUGGAUGUGACUAAGUUGACAAUUGUUGGGCCCUUUUCACUUCAGCAGCAUGGAAGCUCCUGUGAGCUUGGCGCAGCAUUCCUGCUUAGGUCCCCCUCCCUACAGACCACUGGUUGACUCUAUGCUGGAUCGCUGCGUGUGCUGGUGACUGCCCCCCCCCCCCCCCAACACACCCACACACGCAAAACUGCAUUUCCCUCACCUUUUCAUGAGUCAAACUGGGUAGGAGGACUGUUUGUGCUUCCCUCCUGCUCUGGGAAUGACCCUGUUAUCCCCAAAACGUGGGACAUGGCCCCAGCCAACAAAGGCAAGCAUGGAGCAUUAGUGGAGGCUGGCUCCGAUUUCCUAGGGUGGGCAAGUAUUCCCCCCCCCCCCCCCCCCCCCCCCCUACCCUCAGCCUGGUGACAACAUCACUACGUUGACUCUAUGUGACCCUAAUACUCCUCCACCUGGUUCAACCUGUAGAGAAAUCGGAUAAAUCUGAAGGAUACAGGUGGCGAAAUUGAGGUGGAGGGGGCAUAUCCUCCUAUUUCCUUGCCUGUCAUCACUUGUGUGGUAACCUCCGGCUCAUGGUGAGAGCUUGAGGGCCACUGACUGAGAAACGGAGCGUCGAGAGGUGGUACACACGGUGUGUGGGGCCAAGGGGCGGUGAUAGUAGGACAACAUAUCUCAAACCAAACUGUACCAUGGAGAAGUCAGAACGAGUGAGCUAAUAAAUUGUGACCCCGCCCCCUCACCUGUGAGGGUAAAAUGAGGGGAGAACUCUGGAAUUUCAUGAUCAUUGCCUAUAAUGUAAAAUUACUUCUGUUUCAUAGUGUAGGUAGAAGCAGCAAGCAAGUUUUUUUUGUCAGUAUUUGAAAUAAAUUUUACAUCGUUUUACUGGUUA